AUGGGGAAGAAGUGUGAUUUAUGCGACGGUGUUGCAAGAAUGUAUUGCGAGUCAGAUCAGGCGAGUCUAUGCUGGGAUUGCGACGGCAAGGUUCACGGCGCUAAUUUCCUCGUCGCUAAGCACACGCGAUGUCUUCUCUGCAGCGCCUGCCAAUCCCUUACGCCGUGGAAAGCCAGUGGGCUUCGAGUCGGCCCAACCUUCUCCGUCUGUGAGUCAUGCGUCGCUCUUAAAAAUGCAGCCGGUGGCGGCGGCGGCGGAGGUGUGAGCACUAACCGGAUUUUAUCGGAGGAUCCUGGCCAGGAGAUCAACGGUUUCGAUCAGGAAGAGGAUCAGCUCAGAGAGCACGACGGCGACAGUGCGGAAUCUUACGAUGACGAUGAGGAUGAAGAUGAGGAUGAGGAGUACAGUGAUGAAGAUGAGGAUGAGGAUGAGGUUGACGACGAGGAAGCGGAUAAUCAAGUUGUGCCGUGGUCUGCGGCGGCGCAACUGCCUCCGAUGAUGAGUGAAUCAUCUUCUAACGGCGGAGGCGGAGAUCUGGUGGCCAAGAGGACCAGGGACUUCUCCGAUGAGGACGAGAUCGGAUGUUCUUCAGCUCAAGAGUCAAACUAUUCUCGGCCGUUGAAGCGACCGUCAAGAGACGCACACGCGUUUGGAUCACCGGCUGUGAUUAAUUCUAUCGUCAGAUUAGCAGAGGAGAGACCAUUGAACGGCGUCGUCGAUUCACCACCUCCUUCAUCGUCGUCUUCUCGGUUCUUUGCGAUCGCCAAAACGAGGAUAGAUCUCAACCGUUGA